AUGCCUAAUUUCAAUCAUAGCAUCAUUCAACAAUUUCAAUAUUUGAAUAACUCCCAAAACGCACUCAUAGUAAGCAACCGACUGUGGGCCUCAGCGGUCAAUUACCCUUACCAGGUCGUGCAAUCGUUUUACAGAGCCAUUCUAUUGCAGUACGAAACACAAUUCGUGGCAGAUGUGGCUUCAAAUGGCCUAAACCUGGGAGCAACGGCAUUUGUAGAAACUGCAGGCUACUUCUUCAGCAACUACGCUGUGGGAUGUUUUGUGACUGCUUUGGUGCUAAACCGGAUCGUCUCGAUGGCUUCGUUGCGGUCGCCCGCUGCAGUGGUGCGACUACCGCUUUGGCCCCGCGUUUUGUUUCAUGGGACCGCCAUUGCGGCCCUCUUGUAUAACUUGAGCAUCACCAUACGACCUGCUGCUGAUCAAAAUGCAAGCUCAUACUUUGCAGUGACUUAUGCAAUCAUCUGUGCGUCACAUUGCAUUGAAACUUUCAUCACCACCACCUCCAAUGCCAAGCCCAUGGAGGAAUUCGAUUACAGCAUUUUCGAGCUUUCGAUGCAUUUCUACUCUCUAGCACGAUCGGGCGCUGCGCGUCGAGACUACGUGCCAGAUUGUUUAAUGGCGCUGCUGGGACGUCUCAUCAUCCACAGCGUCGAGAUAACUCGAAAAAGAAAAUAUCGUCUGUUAUGUUCUACCAUCAUAAACAUGUGCCAUAUGGGGUACCUCGGCUGGACCGUACUCCACCAGGGAACUCCAUCAUUACCGCUACUGGUGAAAUAUCGUCAUAUCCCCAAGACUAUGGCACUGGCAUGUAUCGUCAUAUCUCUCGCUUGUUACGCUUUAGCGUGUUUUGUGAGACUGAGUCCAUUUGGAAGCGGCGGCACUUCUGGUUUGCGUUUUCAUUCUUUCAUGAACAACUGGUACAGCACAUUGAAUUGCACCGGCGAAGAAGAGUUUACCAGCACCUUGAUAAAUUUCGCGGUUUUCAUUUGUAACCCUGCGCAAACAGAUCAAGCUGGCCUUCAUCGUGAAUUGUCCCAGCUAACACAUCAAAACGAAAUCAACCGCUCAUUCUUGGUAAGCGGGUACAUGAACAAACAGCAGACUGGGAUGAUGGAGCCCGAGGCUGGAUGGGGCACUGUCCAACCGGUUUGGCGCAGAAAAUGGGAUGCUAUGUGGAGAUUAGAAAAUGCUCUAAAAAAUCGGAUAAAAACGUUUCUAAUUACACCGAUUUCUCAGAAACCUGAACCUUCUGAAUCAAGAAUCAAAGGGAAAAACCUCAAUGAUUACUUGUCUGAUACCAACUAUCAGCAGUUUUUCGCCAAAGCACCGGAUGUGAAUGCAACGGGUAAAGGUGUUCGAUCGACGGAUUCCAAGUAUCUGCUGCCGGAAGACGACUGGUCAGCCGAUUAUAUCGAAGAUUGUUCUGCUUCAGACGGAGAGGCUAGCGAGGAGAGUGAAAGUGGUGACGAGAACUUGGACUUAUUGGGCGGGGACGACGACCAAACGCAAUCUUCAGGACGACACAUAGGCAGCGAGCUCACGGAUCUUCUGCUUCCGGUGGUAGCGGCGCCAACUGACACUGAAGAUCAAGACCCGCAAUGGCUAAUAUCCAUGUGGUCCAUUCUGCAGUACGAAACUCGAUGUGAUCGAAGACUAACGCGUUCUCAAUACGCACGCCUAAACGAAUCGAGAGUAUUACAAGAAAUUAUGGCAGAGCGAACUUUCGACGCCCGGAAAAGAGACGACCCUGUCAAUUCCGCGGACCGCGAUCUAUCCUGCGUCGUUUGCAAGACCAAUGUUCGUAACAUCGUUCUAUGGCCCUGCAAAUGUUUUGCCCUUUGCGAGGAAUGCCGCGUUUCUUUGGGCGUUCGUGGAUUUAACACCUGCAUCUGUUGCAGAGUGCCCGUGAACGGCUACAGCAGGAUCAAUGCGGUUUAA